UGAGAGAAGAAAAAACAUAAUAAAGGAAAAAAAAAAGUGAAAAGGAGUCAAGAUUAGUCUUUUAAGCCAUAGCCAAUACCCAAUUUGCAGAGACAGAGGAAGAGAGAGGAACGAAAGAAACAACCAUGUUCUGAGGAAGGAGACAUGCAUCAUCAUCAUCAUCAUCAUCAAGCAUCAUAAUCUUAUUACUUAACUUCUCUUUCUCUCCAUCUUUUACCAAAUCCAAAACACCAAAGUUUAUUGAAGUAAAGAUUUGAAGACAAUGCAAGUGUUUCAAAGGAAAGAAUCAUCUUGGGGAAACUCAAUAAUACCAACAAAUUCAAAUAUUCAAGGAUCUGAAUCUUUUAGCUUGACAAAGGAUAUGAUGAUGUCUACAACACAAUUCCCCGGGACGAAACAUUCGGGUUUGCAGCUGCAAGAUCAAGAUUCAACCUCAUCACAAUCUACUGAAGAAUCAGGCGGCGGGGAAGUUGCAAGCUUUGAAGAACAUAACCGUUAUGGAUGCAGCAUUGUUAAUACCAAUCUCUCAGGUUACAUCGAAAACCCGGGAAAGCCUAUUGAAAAUUAUACUAAGUCAACUACUACCUCGUCGAUGGUGUCUCAAGAUUCUGUGUUUCCUGCUCCUACUUCUGGUCAAAUAUCUUGGUCUCUUCAAUGUGCUGAAACAUCACAUUUCAAUGGUUUCUUGGCUCCUGAAUAUGCAUCAGCACCAACGGUGCUGCCACAUUUAGAGAUGAUGGGUUUGGUUUCUUCAAGAGUGCCAUUGCCUCAUAACAUUCAAGAGAAUGAACCAAUAUUUGUCAAUGCAAAACAGUAUCAUGCGAUUCUCCGUCGCAGGAAGCACCGUGCUAAACUCGAAGCUCAGAACAAACUCAUCAAAUGCCGUAAACCGUACCUUCAUGAGUCUCGCCAUCUUCAUGCUUUAAAGAGAGCUAGAGGCUCCGGUGGACGUUUCCUCAAUACAAAGAAGCUUCAAGAAUCAGCAAACUCACUGUGUUCUUCUCAAAUGGCAAAUGGACAGAAUUUCUCUAUGAGCUCUCGCGGUGGUGGAAGCGGACUCGGGUCUAGUUCGAUCACACCGAGCUCCAAUUCGAACCGUAUCAACAUGUUCCAAAACCCGCAGUUCAGAUUCUCAGGUUAUCCGUCAACACACCAUGCGUCAGCUCUCAUGUCAGGGACUUGAGGCACCUGAGAAGGAUCUUGCUCUGGGAGAACUGCGGCGACUGGUGAUGAUAUAUGACGGAAAGUCAUCCUUGGCUACUUUUGGUUAUCGGUUAUUUACAAAAUUUCUUCCUUUAAAACUUUGCUUUCAUAUCCUCUGCAAUCUCUCACUCUAUAUAGAGUGGCUUGAAGAACUUUCAAAUCAUUGUCAAACUAUUUUGUUAAUUAAAACUUUCCGAUUCUCUGAGA